GGUCCUUCCUCCAGCUCUGACUCUCAUGGAGUCGCUGCAAUUUAGGUUUGUCGGACGGAGCUGGCUUUGAAGUCAUGAGAGUCCUUUGACGCUGAGUGAGGCCGUCUUGCCGGCCACAUGAGCAGCUUGCCGCCGCCCUAUGAGGCAGACGAUGUCCCUCUCCGGCCCAAGGGAGCCAGUCCGCCUCCGCCUCCGCCUCCGCCUCCGCUCUGCGACUACCCCCUGCCUGUGGAUGGGAGCGAUGCGUCACUGUCGGACACCUACGACCUUCAGCACACGCACAGCGAUGCGUUCGUGGCCUCUUCCAUGCUUCCGAGUGGCAUCCUUUGGGCGCGCAGCAUGGACGACCAUCCCGAGCAUCCCGAGCACUCUGUGACAGACCACCCGGAGCCGCCGCCACUCUAUCGAGAGCCGACGCAUUAUGGCUCGUCCUAUCAGCCUCACACACGUCGAAUGAUUGCGCCCCCUCCCGCUCCGCCGCAGUCAGCGCCCGAGAGUGCGUCCAGGCUGGUGACCGACCUCUACCGAGAUGACAGCACCACAGGAACUGAGUACAUGGGGCGUACGAGCUCGGGCACCAGCACCACACUUGCUCUCCCUCCUCUCAUGCACGCACCGACGGCCUCAACCUUGACCUCGUCGCAGUCGCCGUGUGAGAGAGGAAGGGGGCCUCUGCCUCAGUUGCCCACAGCUGGGCACACUGGGGAAGGCAAGCCGCGGGGCUAUGACGGUCGGCUGGUCGCGGAGGCGAGCCCACUGCUACCACCGCCUUAUCGUGAACCUCCAGUGGGGCCGCUGAGUGGUGGCCUGGAUGACAGCGGUGAUCCAUAUCUUGACCCGAGGCAGCAGGCUGCGACCUUGAGGCACAGCGACCCUCAUCUCAGCCAUCACCACCCAUCAGCCCCGCCCCAUCCGUUCAUCCUCCCGCCCCCUUCGCGCCCCAUGACUCACUCCGAUGACCGGCACUCGAGUGUGACGACGCUGAGGGAGCCGCCGGCGCACCAUCAUGCUCGUUCCGGCCCCCCACCCAUUCCACCCGCUUAUGCGCCACCCAUGCACGGCGCCUUUGGCAGUGGAUUGCUGCCCAUGCCGGCUCCACUGAGUGCGGGACAUCCGUCGGCUGGGCUCUAUCACUACGGCGGCGACGGGAGGGGUCGGGGGUAUGGCUACCGGGGGCGAGGGCGGCAGGAGAAGAGGGGCAGGGGAGUCAGGAGUGGUGCGAGGGAGCCCAGGGACCCCAACCGUAAGCAAAGCACCCGACAUCAACAGACGGGGCGCACACAAAUUCCCUUGAAUGUACCUACCUAUGUCAUGUGAUGUGUGUGGUGCACGUCAGGUCCUCGGUGGGAUGUCAUUCGUCGGAGUAUCCGCGACCUGCUGGAGAGCAAUGUGGAGGAGGAGUCCGGCAUACUCCUCUCGCAGCUCAAGCCACUGAUCAGUAAGCACCCACCCACUCACUCACUAAGUCACUCACAAAGCCGUUGCCGUCGCAUUCCUUACCGCCUCCUUCCUCAAUCAGCACCACUUGUUUGUCAUGUCUUCUUCUCAUGUCAGAGGUGCAGGUGGACCCCUCCUUUCACGAACGACACUAUGGCUUCGUCAAGUUCUCCGCCCUCCUGAGAGAGAUGGAGGAGCUGGGCGACCUCGAGUUCGCUUCCGAGCCACCGCAGGACAUCUCAGCAGAUACUGACCAGUCAAGCUCUCAGCAGCAGGUGACGGAUCUGCGUGUGCGGCCCGCUCGUUUCAAGGUCAACGUCAAGGCGGCGUCGGAGCACUCUCUGCAGCCAAGUGAUCGGCACACAGAGAGCGGCGUCGCCUCGGCUGGGAGCCUGCAGAGCCCUCUGCCGAGCCCAUUGCCUGCUGAGGACGUCCUGGCUGAGGAGCGGGAGGUAUACAUUCAGUACAUGCAGCAGAUUGCGCGGUCGAUACCCCCGCCGCACCCACGGACACCGCCACGGGUACGCGGACAUGACGGAGCAAUGAGCGCACCGACACCCACCCAUGUUUCCCCUAAAUUGUGUCUGUGUGUUCAGCCACCGGCCGGCCCCUCUGCUGCCUCUUCUAGCCGCGACGAGGGCCAGGGACUGCAAUCGCGGCAAGGCGUACAUCAUAAGGCUACUGCAUUGUAGGGGGGGUAGGGGGGGAGGGAUGGGUGUUGGGAGGAAUGGGGAUCAUUUUGACUUGACGACAGGGCGUGCAGAUAUCACGCCUUCGUGUCGGCUAGCUCCCUCCUGUUUCUCAGCCAUCUUGCUCGGCACCAGCGACAGACCGGCCGACAGACCGAUGUUCCGGUGUUCUGUCGAGCUGUCGUCGCUGGCCAGCAAGUAGCUCAUGCCUCCUGCCCAUGUGUCGAUGGAUGGAUGGAUGCCCACUUUCUCAUACGCUGUUUGUCGCCUGCCUGCCUGCCUGCCUGCCUGCCGGUGUGCCUGAUCAAUUUGACUGACUGACUGACUGACUUACUGCAGUGAGUGUCAGGUCAGCCCACUUCUCGGGCUGCACCUGCGUCUUCUCUUAGGAAGAAAUGGGUGGGGUGGGGUGUAUGGCUGCCUUGCAUUGCUCUACGUGUACCUGGAUGGAUGGAUGGAGCACAGCAUCGGUUUGUGGCUUGUCUGUCUGUUUGCUGACUUGGCGUCUGGCGCCGACGCAGCACAUCCCAAAUUACACGGAUUGGUACUGGGGGGCGUGAGCCAGACAGCCCAGUGAGCCAGACAGACAUCCGUGCCGGCAGAGCUGUCUCCAUCCCAUCCAACACUUGGCUUAUUUUUGUGUAUCUGCCUGUCUGUCUGUCUGUCUGUCGUGCUGAGGUAGGGAUCGGUUGACGCUCAUAACCAACCAUACAGGGCAUUAGCCCAGGCAGUGUGCGGUCUGGUGCAACUAUGCAAGACGGGCCGGGGAGGACCACCAGCCCUUUUCUUGACUGAUGACUUUGCUAAGGAAGUUGACUGAGG